AUGGUCCUGUGCUGUCCCGUAUUGCCCGUCCUUCCCCGUGCUUGCCCCGUGCCCGUGCCCGUGCUGUCUGCCUGUGUUCCCUGUGCUUCUGCUCGUGCUCUACCCGUGCUGUUUAUUCCCGUGCGUGCCCCACCUGUACCACCCGUGCUGUCAGUGCCCGUGCUGCCCCGUUCUGCUCGUGCUACCUCGUGCUCCUGUGCUGCCCCCGUGUUCCCGUGCUGCCCCCAUGUUCCCAUGCUGCCCCCGUGCUGCCCCGUUCUGCCUGUGCUGCCCCGUUGUCCCCAUGUUGCCCCGUUUUGCCCGUGUUGCCCCGUUCAGCCCGUGUACUGCCCCGUUCAGGCCGUGUCCUUCCCCGUUCUGCUCGUGUUGCCUCCCCGUGUCCUGCCCCGUUCUGCUCGUGUUGCCUCGUUCAGCCCGUGUCCUGCCCCGUUCUGCCCGUGUUGGCCUGUUUUGCCCGUGCUGCCCCGAUCUGCCCGUUUGUGUCCUACCCGUGCUGUCCGUACCCGUUGGUGCCCCACCCGUGCUGUCAGUUCUCGCUCUUGCCCCACCCAAUCUGUGCUGCCCGGUCUCGUGCUGCCCGUCACCCCCGUGCGGCCCGUCCCGUACAGCACCUAG